AUGUCUGAAAGUAACGAGGAAAGGCGAAAAAACGAGUUCCCUCGAGACAGCCUUGUCUUCCGAUCCCAAGUCAGCGUUCUUGAUUUUGAUAAGGAGGAUGACCCAGAAACAUAUGGUGGGAUGGCAAUGGAACGUAUAUAUAAAAAUUUAGAAAAUUUUUUAUUGAAUGGAUCAAUACCUAAUUCAAAUGAACAGAAAACAGUCAUUCGUUAUCUUCAACACAAGAAUGUGGAAGCAAUUUCAAACGGAGAUUAUAAAGAGGCAGGAAAAUUCGAAGAUUUAAAGAAGAAAUUUAGUGAUGCAUGCGUAGUUUUUGAGACGAAAAAAGCUAUAAGAAACGAAACAAUCUCUAUUAAGAAUGAUAUUAGCGAUCUGAAAUUACAAUUAGAAAUCAUUGAAAAACAAUACCAGGAAAAGAUCGAUAAAGCCAAAGAAAAAGACAAGCAAGAGAUUGACAGACUCAAGAGGUGCCAUGAAGACGAACUGAAACAGUUUAAUAUAUAUUGGUCGAAUCCAGAAAAUACACUUGAGUUUGCAAAGAGUUCAGCCGAACUUAAUGGCCUUAGAAAGAAGCAAAAGCUGCUACUGAUCGUUAAAGAGUUCGAAGCUGCAGAAGCUGUGCGUGCAGAAGCGAGAAAAUUAGAAAGAAAAGAAUCUAACGAUGCAAACAAGGCAAUUAGGCAAGCAAUGGAAACAAAGAGAGAAGCACUUGAACAGAAAUUCGAAGCAGAGUUACUUCGCGUUAGACAACAUUCAAUUAAAAUUGUUGAAGAAUUAAAAAUCCAACAGGCCAAAGAAGAAGCAAUAUUAAUUGCAAGAAUAAAGAAAUUAGAGAAUGAUAAAGGAAAUAUUAGUGUGGCUCCUAGAAAUAGAGAUAAAACACCUGAUAAUGUUAUAUCCCCAAGAUCAAGGGCAGUUAUGAGCACUUUCAAGAAUUCUACAGCUCCUAAACGUUUGAUGCUUAAACCAUUAUCACCAGCUACACUGAAACCAUCGAGACUUCAAAUUUUGACCAAAUCCAAUGAAACGUUCGGAUGA